UAGGAACGAACAUUGUCCAUGAUAUAAGUGCAAUUUAUGACGCAGGUCAAGGUCGAAUCGAAUUUUCCCGAAGCCGAAUACUGGGGGAAAUACUUUGCAUUUUAGUAAACAUAUUUUGAAGGAAAUCCAUGAUGGAUGCGAAUCAAUUAGCUCUGUUGAAAGAUUUCAUCCAGAUGUGUAAAAGAGAUGCAAAUCUUUUACACAUGCCAGCUUUAUCGUUCUUUAAAGAUUAUAUUGAAAGUUUAGGGGGAAAGAUACCUGACCGUAAACCCGAACCUAAAUCAGAACCCCAGCCGACACCUGCUGCGGAACCUGAACCUGAGCCUGAACCUGAAGAGGAAGAGGAAGAAGUUGAAAGUGAUGUUGAAUUAGAUGCUACUGGUGUGAUUGAGGAUGAUGAUAAUGAAAUGCCAGAAUAUGCUCCAGAUGAUCAUGAAAUAACAGAUGAAAAUAUUGAUCAAGCUAAUGAUAAACGAAAUGAAGCCCUUGAUGCUUUUAAUUCCGGUAAUUUAGAAGAAGCUGUUAGACUAUUUACAGAAGCCAUUAAACUAAAUCCACAUUCAGCGUUGAUGUAUGCAAAGCGAGCCAGUGCUUUUAUAAGGUUAAAUAAACCAAGGAAAGCUAUGCAUGACUGUGAUAGAGCAAUAGAAAUGAAUCCAGAUUCUGCUGCACCUUAUAAAUGGAGAGGCAAAGCUUGCAGAUUAUUAGGGAAAUGGGAACAAGCCUACCAUGAUUUAACAACAGCUUGUAAACUAGAUUAUGAUGAUGAUGCUAAUCUGAUGUUACAAGAAGUUAAACCUAAUGCACUAAAGAUCAUGGAACACAACCGAAGAUAUGAGAGAAUAAGGGAAGAAAGAAUUUUAAAGGAAAGAAAAGAAAGAAUAAAGAAAGCGCGAGAAGAAUAUGAGAAACAAAAACAACAACAGAGUGCUGCAGGUGAUAUGCCAUCAGGGGCUGGUGGAUUCCCAGGAGGUAUGCCUGGUUUCCAAGCGGCAGGGGGUAUGGGUGGCAUGCCAGGUAUGCCUAACCUUAGUGAACUCUUCUCAGAUCCAGAAAUCAUGGCAGCAUUCCAAGAUCCAGAGGUGAUGGCUGCCUUCCAGGAUGUGUCUGCAAAUCCAGCUAAUAUUUCUAAAUAUCAGAACAAUCCCAAGGUUCAGCAAGUUAUUAACAAAAUGGCUAAUAGAUUUGGUACUGGAGGAAUGCCUGGUGGUGUGCCAGGAGAUAUGCCUGAUGGUUCACCAGAAGAUCCUAUGCCUGACAGCACGUAACCUACAUGUAAUGAAGUGAAGACCAGGUACAUGAAUGAGAGAAUGAAUGAGCUACUGAUUUUUCACAUUUGAUAAAUAAUACUAAGUAUUCAUCCACGACUUUAAUAGAACUGUUUGUCUAUCCGUUGGGGUGGGGGGGACUUUUAAUUAUGCCAGGACCAUCGAAGAGCAAUAACAUUAAGAAUAGUGAUGUGGUUUCAAUCCCACUCUUGUAAUUGACAAAGGUGUAGGGUUGUUUGUCUAACCUUUUGGGUUUUCUCUGGGUCCCUGGUUUCCUCCCGAGGUUAAAGACCUUACACACAAACAAAUUAUUGAAAUAAAUUGAGCCAUGAUAGUCCCAAAAUGACCUAGUUUUUGUCGAAUGGAUGUUGAACCCAUCUUAUUCUCUUAAAGAGUAACUGUCAAUUUCAUGGUGUGAUUAUUAGAGCUGAUUAUUCGUUGUUGGCCAUAAAUUCCCUGGUUUGCUUGAUUGUCACUGUUCAUAGGCUCGGGAGAGCUAGAACUUUCAAUUGACUACUUGUGUUGCUUUGUCCUCCUCCCUGAAAAUCUAAGUUUUUGUUGUUAUUUGUGGUUGUGUUUGAUGAUGUCCUCCUGUAUUUCAUGCUAGACAGAUCGUUCUGUUGUUGUCACUGGGUGUAUGCAUACUAGUAUAGUAACAUACUUAACAAUAUGAAGAUGUACCACACUACAUCUCGGGUAUCAUAAAGCAGGAGUUUCUAUAUUUGAUGUUUAUUUUCAAACCAUUGUAAGCAAAUUAUUAAAAUUCCACAGUUUGUUAAUUACUCAACACCACUAGUGAAAGUAAAUGUGUGUAAACCCAAAUCUAGAUGGACUGUUUUAAACUACUCAUCAAUAGGAACCAAAUAUAUUUUGAUGACUCUGAAUGAAUUUGAACAAUUUGCCAACAUUGGUUUAAAAUUAAACAGCAAGACUAAACAUACCCAAGAUAGUGCAGCAGUGCUACCUAUUUCAUCAUUUAAUUCACAUUAUUAUAAUCUAUAUAUUAGUUCUUUUCAUAUUAAUGUUUAUAUCAAGGGGCCUGUUUAGUUCCGUUACCCCAAGACAGUUGUGUAUUGCAGAGGAACAGGUGGGAACAGCAAUUCCUUACAUGUUUAGGAAGGGCAAAAAAUAUAUAUAUGGUGGGGGGAGGCAAAGUAAUUUACUUUUGGCUUGACGUUCACCACCCAUCAGAGCAACACUUUCAAAAUGCAUUCCCUUGUCUUUUUUAGCUUUAUCCCACUGUCCCAAAUUCUGUUCUCAGAAUAAUGUUUAUGGUUUUAAGAGUUUUUCAAUCAGUUAAAUCAUGUGUAAUAUGUAACUAUUAUUGGCAGUAGUAUUUCAGUCAGAUGCAAGUGAUUGGUGUGAUUAAUGAAUUCCAAAUUACAAUAUAUUCAAUUAAUUGUGGAACAGUAUAGUCAUUGGUAAGAUUUUGAAUCGACAAUUACAAUAUUUUGUAAAAAUUGAAUUCUAUAGGGUUAAAUUCCAUUCAAUGUUGGUUAAAAUCUUGUGUUCAGCCUCCUUUUAAUCUGAUGCCUCCGAUUUUAAGUAAAUUAGAACACCACUGUCAUGUUUAACGAUAAAAUAGAUAAUUUUUUAAUCUGAUUGAAUCCAAGCUGGAGGAUUAUCUACAUGUUUCGUUGAUAUUAUGGUUUUAAAUGUUAAAUAAUGAUAGGGUGAUCCAUGUACUCACAGAAAUACAGUCCACUGCUGAUAGUUCGAGACUACCACUGAAGCGUGCACAUUCGCCAUGCCGAGACCAACUUUCUGACAGUAUGAUACUAUAAAUAGCCAUGGCACGUGCAAUUCUCUACAAAUCUAUCAACUAUUACAGCCGUAAAAAAUUUAUUGUUGACGAUUUUGAAUAGCAGUUAAAUUAAGCUUCUUGGUUAUUACAGCAGAUUUAGAAAUUACGUUCGUUUCAUUUUUUAAAUCGCUUUAUCAUUAACUGUACCGUUAAGAGCGGCAUCUUUUGGUUUAGUACAAAUAAUAUCUCUGAAUCACUCGGGUUAGGCAGGAACAUGAUACUAGCAGUAGUUUCAUUUUACUUUUACAAGCUUCUUAAAACGAUUGUUGAGCUACCUAACGUGCUUAUUUCUAAAUUCAAUUUCUUGUUCUAGCUUUCUGUUACGUUUCGUAAAAAAGUAGUCUUGAUUAUCCCGACCUGUCAAUCAGACGUAGAAUGGUCGAUAGACUGGUUAAGCGAGACUAAUUUCAAAACAAGGGCACGUAACCUAUCUUUUACUCAAAAGUGUCUGGAUGUUAUGGACGACUCUUGGAACCAGUUUUCAGUCUAUUAUUUAUACAUGAUUAAUGGUCAUAGCUUAUUAAGUACAACAUGAUCGUUCAUUUAGUGACUAUAAUUGUGUGAAACUGAUUUGAGGCUUGGCAUAUAUAUAAAUAUUGUGGCGUAAUUGUCGAGAUAUAUGGAGAUAUUUAUUUAUGGUGGGUCACCCUAAUAAUGAAUCUAAAUAUAUUUUACGUUGAAGUAAGCUAUGAAAAAUUAGAUGUUACCAGCAGCUUUAAUUGAAUAUAUGUUCAUUUGGAAUCCCAUCCGGAUCACUAUUGUUUAUUCUGACUGAAUGCCUCAUCACUAUCUAUCUCUAAGUCUGUUUUCUAUCUACGCAUUUCGCAGAAUUUCGUUGCGCAUUAAGAUUGAUUACAUGGAAACGGGUGCUACGAAAAUGCGUACAUUUAAAACAGCCUUAUUGUAUUAUUCCAUUUUAACGCAAUUCUCUGUAGUACUUGAUAAUCAAAUCUACUUAGAGGUUGUCUUGAUCAAAUGUUCAAAUUAUGCACAUUGAAUGGAAUCAGAAAUAAGGGUAUAUAAGAAGGGCAUUAUUUCCCUUGGUUUAGAAUACCAUUUGUUUGUUUUUAUUAAUGACAUGUAUUUGCUUGUUUUAAUUUAACACACUGAGAACUCUCAUUAAAGAUGUAUAUCCUCAAGUUUAAUUGGGUCAGUUAUUCAGAUACAUAAUUGAAUUUUAUCUGAAAAUAUGAUGUGUCUAAUGACAUGGAAAAUAAAAAAUAAUAGACCUGUUAAGAUGCUUAUCAAACCUGUAAUAAAUAAAAAAAAUAGAUCUAUUUAGAUGUUUAUUAAGUUUGUAAUAAAUAAACUAAUAGAUCUAUUAGAUAUUAAUUAGAUUUUUAUCUCUCAACCAGUAAAAUGUCAGCCAUGUGUAUACAGUUGCGAGACAGGAUCUGCUUGCAUUGCUUCGCCAUAAUAUCUAGUUCAGUAUGUUAAGAGGAUAAAAUGCUUGUUGAGAUUACAUUUGAGUUGAAUUUAUUAUUUAUUUCACGCAUAAGUUAAGUCAUAUAUUGAUUGUAGACUUGUGAUUUUGCCGAGUUCUAGAGUAGCAUGGACAUGUUAAUUAUUAAAUUUAGAAAUAGAUUCAUAAGACACAAGAAAUGAAUGGAGAAGAACUUGUGAAAUUAGAGGACUAAAAUAUAAGGCUUACUGCAUCUAAUGGAUUUGUUGCUUGUUUAUUUAAUUCCGAUUGUUUCUAUAGUUUAUGUUACAGCAGACUUAGAGUAAUGUUGCGUGCACUGUCACCACAGAGUCACCCUACAUACUACCUACAACAAGGUAACCCACACUUGUGCGAGGCAGGCUGUAGUUAAUCAAGUAUGUUGCGUAGUCACCCUACAUGCUACCUAUGCCAAGAUAACGCACGCUUGUGUUAGACAGAUUGUAGUGUAAUCAAGUAUUAUAAUUAUAUAUGUAUGUAAACAUGUAAUCAACAUUUAUAACUUUCAUUUGUUUCCAGCGUUCUAAUUUCAUGUAAUAAAGUGUUUCUAUUAUGUAUUCGAAAA